AUGGCGGCGCCGCCGGACUCGCUGCUGCGGUACUGCCCGCCCGUCCUGGUGUCCCGGAGAGGAGACAGGGCCUCCGCGGGGGUGAGCAGACGGGGGACACGCAGAGGGAUGCCGCGCUCCGCCGGGGCCGAGGGUAGCGCGAUCCCCUGCCCGCUCCUACGGCUCUGUCCUCUCCUGUUCCCGCAGACCCCCGCCAGCAUCUCCGCCACGCAGAAGCCGCAGGAGCUCCUGAACGCUAUCCUGCCGCCGCGGGAGUGGGAGGAAGCGCACAAGCUCUGGGUGCAGGAGGUAUCCACCGCGCCCAGCACCCGCCGGGACGUCGUGAUGCUGCAGGAGCAGCUGGACCGGCAGCUGCAGCAGCGGCAGGCGCGGGAGACCGGGCUGUGCCCCGUGCGCAGGGAGCUCUACACGCAGUGCUUCGACGAGCUGAUCCGGCAGACCACGGUGAGCUGUGCAGAGCGGGGGCUGCUGCUGCUGCGGGUGCGGGACGAGCUGCAGCUGAGCCUGGCUGCAUACCAGGCACUGUACGAGAGCAGCGUGGCCUUCGGCGUGCGCAAGGCUCUGCAGGCUGAGCAGGGCAAGGCUCACUUGGAGAAAAGGAUUGCAGAGCUGGAAGAGGAAAAAAGAGAUCUGGAAAAACAAGUGAGCGAAGAGAAAGCAAAAUGUGAGGCUAUUGAAAGGCAAGAAACUGAACGGCGAGAAAUAGAAGGGAAGAAACACAGUGAAGAAGUUCUGUUCCUCAAACGGACAAACCAGCAGCUGAAGGCUCAACUUGAAUGCAUCAUUGCAGCAAAGAAUUAAUUGUUUUGUUGUCCUCUAGGCUGGCUCAGAAGAGCUGUCAGAGCAAGAAGCUUGCAAUUAGAGACAAAGAUUUGUCUUCCUAAAACAAUCUUGAGUUUUCACUUACCAGUAACAGCAGGCAGUGUAACUGUGUUCUUUCUUUCUCUCUUGAAGAGCUCAAAUUCAAGAGCUUCAUUAAUAACUGCUCCCUCCUUCAAAGCCAUCUCAGCAGUCAGCUCUUUGAACAGUGAACUUGUCUGGGACUUGUCUGUUGGUAAUGUGCUAAUGACCUUCAAAGCAAUAACUAAUAAAUAUUUUUAAAUGCAAACAUCUC